CUCUCGGUCCACCUGCGCUUCGGUUUUGUCCGCGGCGAAGCCCAUCCGCCUCCGCAUUUGGCCAUUCGAUACAGCGAGCGCAGACAUCGCCGGGGACGCCCUCGUCAUCGGCUGCCUCCAACCUCCAAAUCCGCCAUGAUGAACCUCCCUCCCCGGCUCCGCCAUCUCUGCCGCCUUCUCGCGGCCCCGCCCUUGCCAACCCUCGCCGGCACACACUCCCCCAGUCCACCCUCCUUCCGACCGCCGUACCCCACCCGAGCCCUGCCGCCGCGGUUCCUUCUACCCAAUCCCCCAGCGCGGCGGCUCUUCUCCGAGCACACGAUCCUCCCCACUCACCUCCAGGACGAGCGCUACGCCACGCUCUCUGAUAGGAUCUACGAUGCCGUGAUUAAGACGGGGGCGGAAUCCAACGAGGGCACGGAGGCCGCGCUCGACGCGUUGGGCACCGAGCUGACUACCCCGCUCGUCGCCGACGUGCUGCACCGCCUCCGCUACGAGGAGAAGCUGGCGUUCCGGUUCUUCGCCUGGGCGUCCCACCAGGAUGGGUACAGCCACGAAUCGGCGACUUACAACGACAUCAUCGACAUUCUCUCCGGCACGCGGUACAAGAGCCGCCAGUUCGGUGUUCUCUGCAACGUGCUCGAUCACAUGAAGCGCCAUGGCACGAGGUCGGUGCCGGUUGAGGACCUGCUGGAGAUCCUGCGCGCCUACACGGAGAAGCAUCUCACGCACAUGAGGAAGCUGGCAAAGAAGCGGCGGGUUCGAUUGCGUACGCCGCCGGAGACUGACGCGCUCAACGUUCUACUGGACGCGUUCUGCAAGUGUGGAAUGGUCAAGGAAGCAGAGGCGGUGUUCGGCCGCGUGAAGAGGAGGUUGCUGGGUAAUGCAGAGACAUACAGUAUCCUGUUCUUUGGGUGGUGCCGGGCGAGGGAUCCCAAGAAGGCCAUGAAGGUGCUCGAGGAAAUGAUUCAGAUGAAGCACACCCCGGAGAGUUUCACCUACAUUGCAGCCAUCGAAUCUUUUUGCAGUGCUGGAUUGGUGUCAGAGGCAAGGGAGCUGUUUGAGUUCAUGAGGACUGAGGGGUCGACGAUAUCAUCACCGACGGCCAAGACAUAUUCGAUUAUGAUUGUUGCAUUAGCAAAGGCUGACCGGAUGGAGGAGUGUUUUGAACUGCUUUCAGAUAUGAGAAGCUGUGGCUGUAUGCCUGAUGUGAGUACUUAUAAAGAAUUGAUUGAAGGGAUGUGCUUGGUGGGUAAACUGGAUGCUGCUUAUCGUGUGUUGGAGGAGAUGGGGAGGGCUGGAUUUCCUCCUGACAUUGUCACGUACAAUUGCUUUCUUAAUGUGCUUUGUAGUCUUCGAAAGGCUGAUGAUGCACUUGAACUCUGUGAGAGGAUGAUAGAGGCACAUUGUGAGCCCAGUGUUCAUACCUAUAAUAUGCUGAUGGUGAUGUUCUUCGAGAUGGGGGAGGCACAUAGAGCAUUAGAUAUAUGGCUUGAGAUGGACACAAGAGGAUGUCAACGUGCUAUUGAUACCUACGAGAUAAUGAUCGACGGUCUCUUUGAUUGCGGAAAAACAGAACAUGCAACUUCUCUUCUAGAUGAGGUUAUAAACCGUGACAUGAAACUUUCAUACAAGAAGUUUGAUGCUAUAAUGCUGAGGUUAUCAGCUGUAGGCGACCUUGGCGCGAUACAUCGGUUGUCAGAGCAUAUGAGGAGAUUUUACAAUGUUGCGAUGUCGAGACGAUUUGCAAUCACUCAGAAGAAGAAGAGCAUAAGCCUGAGAAGGAAAUGAGUGUCGUGGCAAAUCCUGCUGUUGUUUCUUGUUACCAUGGAUAAUCAGGAGCUUAUUCGAAGGGUGGUUGAUGUGUGCCACAGCACGUAUUGUUGGAACAAAUUCCAGUGGAAGAAGCAUUGCAAGACCUCAUUCAUUUGAUGAAUUGAACCGGUGCAGUGAAUAUCAUUGCAUUUGUAUUGUAGAAAACGUGUACAAGCCAAGAUUCGACCACUUGUGCGGUAGAAGGAUAGUCGUUUUAUACUCUCCGGCUUGCCUCAUGAUGUAUAGGUAACUAGGCUGGUACUUCCAUACUUGCAGGUGACGGCUACUGGUCAUCAACAGACAUAUCGGGGCAUCGGGCGAAAGCUGCCAAAGGCAUAUGACCCGCGUUGGCUUUGGCUCUCUCUCCUGUCCCUGGGCCUUGUUCAGCUGCUGUAAACCUAAGGCUGUAACCUACUAAUCGCAAUCAAGGGCUCAAAGGCUGUGAGCCUGUGAGCACCUAGGACGGCCGUAGGCGUGUACCCUUCGCUCCAGCCGAGAACCUGGAACGCACCAUGCCAAGAAACCUUGGAAUUGAGAGCUUCGGAUCAUCGGAUGCCAUCAAGCGAGCCCAGGUGAAAUUCUCUGAAGUCGAGACCUCAUGGCAGGGCCCGGCGGACGGGCGGAGCGCUUCGGAGUUCGCGGGUUUUCAUGAGUCCCGAGGUAAAAUAUGGCUGGCUCUGACGGAAAAGAUAUCUCUGCCAGGGUUCCUGUCCGGCCGUCCGCCAUGCAUGAUUCCCCGCGUCAAGCAGCUGUCUGAAAUCCGCAUAUUUUUUACUGCUCGUAUAUUUUCUUUUGGCAACCUUUGUCUUCGCCAUUAGAAUCUGUCUGUAUGCCAAGCGAUGCGACAUGGAAUUUCACAGCAACGGGAUAAAUGGUACAGGAAUUUAAUAGAAGAAGAAAUUCGUUUUUACAGGAAAAGUGUGGGAAAUAGAAAAAAGAACUCUUGCACUCCAAAGGGGUUCUAUGGCAUUUCGUUUUUUGAUAGGGUAUUUCGUUUCAUGGACUACCUCAGCUAGAAAUGUAAAAGCUUUUCGUUUGUCCUUUGACUAGUAACGAUCUUACUGGUGUGUAGUAGCUUUCGUGACAUGAAAUUGAUGUUAUUAGAUUCAUAUUUUGAA